AUGGCUGCGUUGGCACCACUGCGGAGCCUGGAAGAGGAGGUGACCUGCUCCAUCUGCCUUGAUUACCUGCGGGACCCGGUGACCAUUGACUGUGGCCACGUCUUCUGCCGCAGCUGUACCACCGACGUCCGCCCCGCAUCAGGGGGCCGCCCUGUCUGCCCGCUGUGUAAGAAGCCUUUUAAGAAGGAGAAUAUCAGGCCAGUGUGGCAGCUGGCCAGCCUAGUGGAGAACAUCGAGCGGCUGAAGGUGGACAAGGGCCGGCAGCCGGGGGAAGCGGCCCGGGAGCAGCAGGACACGAGGCUGUGCGAGCGGCACCAGGAGAAGCUGCACUACUACUGCGAGGACGACGGCAAGCUGCUGUGUGUCAUGUGCCGGGAGUCCCGGGAGCACAGGCCCCACUCGGCCGUCCUCGUGGAGAAGGCAGCCCAGCCCCACAGGGAAAAAAUCCUGAACCACCUGAGUACCCUAAGGAGAGACAGAGACAAAAUUCAGGGCUUUCAGGCCAAGGGAGAAGCUGAUAUCCUGGCUGUGCUGAAGAAGCUCCAGGACCAGAGGCAGUGCAUCGUGGCUGAGUUUGAGCAGGGCCACCAGUUCCUGAGGGAGCGGGAGCAGCGCCUGCUGGACCAGCUGGCGAAGCUGGAGCAGGAGCUCACAGAGGGCAGGGAGAAGUACAAGGCCAGGGGCGUCGGGGAGCUUACCCGGCUGGCGCUGGUCAUCUCCGAGCUGGAGGGCAAGGCACAGCAGCCGGCUGCAGAGCUCAUGCAGGACACCAGAGACUUCUUAAACAGGUAUCCACGGAAGAAGUUCUGGAUUGGGAAACCCAUUGCUCGUGUGGUUAAAAAAAGGACCGGAGAAUUCUCAGAUAGACUUCUGUCUCUACAGCGGGGCCUGAGAGAAUUCCAAGGGAAGCUGCUGAGAGACUUAGAAUAUAAGACAGUGAGUGUCACCCUAGACCCACAGUCGGCCAGUGGGUACCUGCAGCUGUCGGAGGACUGGAAGUGCGUGACCUACAGCAGCCUGUACCAGAGAGCGUACCUGCAUCCCCAGCGGUUUGACUGUGAGCCGGGGGUGCUGGGCAGUAAGGGCUUCACCUGGGGCAAGGUGUACUGGGAGGUGGAGGUGGAGAGGGAGGGCUGGUCCGAGGAUGAAGAGGAGGGGGACGAGGAGGAAGAGGGGGAAGAGGAGGAGGAGGAAGAGGAGGCCGGCUACGGGGACGGAUAUGAUGACUGGGAAACGGAUGAGGACGAGGAAUCGCUGGGGGAUGAAGAGGAAGAAGAGGAGGCGGCGGAGGAGGAGGAAGUUCUGGAAAGCUGCAUGGUGGGGGUGGCCAGAGACUCGGUGAAGAGGAAGGGCGACCUCUCCCUGCGGCCGGAGGACGGCGUGUGGGCGCUGCGCCUCUCGUCCGCAGGCAUCUGGGCCAACACCAGCCCCGAGGCCGAGCUCUUCCCGGCACUGCGGCCCCGGAGAGUGGGCAUCGCCCUGGAUUACGAAGGGGGCACCGUGACUUUCACCAACGCGGAGUCGCAAGAACUCAUCUACACCUUCACUGCCACCUUCACCCGGCGCCUGCUCCCUUUCCUGUGGCUCAAGUGGCCGGGAACACGCCUCCUGCUGAGACCCUGA